AUGACUGUGGAGAGGGAGGCCCCUGAUGCGCACUUCACUGUGGACAAACAGAACAUCUCCCUCUGGCCCCGAGAGCCUCCUCCCAAGUCCGGUCCAUCUCUGGUCCCAGGGAAAACACCCACAGUCCGUGCUGCAUUAAUCUGCCUGACGCUGGUCCUGGUCGCCUCCGUCCUGCUGCAGGCCAUCCUUUAUCCCCGGUUUAUGGGCACCAUAUCAGAUGUAAAGACCAAUGUCCAGUUGCUGAAAGGUCGUGUGGACAACAUCAGCACCCUGGAUUCUGAAAUUAAAAAGAAUAGCGACGGCAUGGAGGCAGCUGGCGUUCAGAUCCAGAUGGUGAAUGUGAGCCUGGGUUAUGUGCGUUCUCAGUUCCUGAAGUUAAAAACCAGUGUGGAGAAGGCCAACGCACAGAUCCAGAUCUUAACAAGAAGUUGGGAAGAAGUCAGUACCUUAAAUGCCCAAAUCCCAGAGUUAAAAAGUGAUUUGGAGAAAGCCAGUGCUUUAAAUACAAAGAUCCGGGCACUCCAGGGCAGCUUGGAGAAUAUGAGCAAGUUGCUCAAACGACAAAAUGAUAUUCUACAGGUGGUUUCUCAAGGCUGGAAGUACUUCAAAGGGAACUUCUAUUACUUUUCUCUCAUUCCAAAGACCUGGUAUAGUGCCGAGCAGUUCUGUGUGUCCAGGAAUUCACACCUGACCUCGGUGACCUCAGAGAGUGAGCAGGAGUUUCUGUAUAAAACAGCGGGGGGACUCAUCUACUGGAUUGGCCUGACUAAAGCAGGGAUGGAAGGGGACUGGUCCUGGGUGGAUGACACGCCAUUCAACAAGGUCCAAAGUGCGAGGUUCUGGAUUCCAGGUGAGCCCAACAAUGCUGGGAACAAUGAACACUGUGGCAAUAUAAAGGCUCCCUCACUUCAGGCCUGGAAUGAUGCCCCAUGUGACAAAACGUUUCUUUUCAUUUGUAAACGACCCUAUGUCCCAUCAGAACCAUGACAGGACAGGCUCCCAAGCUCACUCUUUGAGCUCCAACGCUUGUUAAACAUGAGGAAAUGCCUCUUUCUUCCCCAGACUCCAGGAUGACUUUGCACGUUAAUUUUUCUUGCUUCAAAAUUGUCCCACAGUGGCAUUCUGGAGUCCGUCUGUCUUGGCUGGAAAUUCUCUGACCUCUUGGAGGCAGCUGGAAUGGAAAGGAGAAUUCAGGUUAAAGUGGGAGGGGUGAGUAGAGAGGAUUUAGAAGUUCCAAUUGCCCUGCUGAGGAGGAUCAAGACCCAUAAUCUGGCACAACACCCUGGGGUUUUCCACUCUUUCAGAGAAGCCUCAGCUUCGUCACAUCAAAGUUACUCCAGAGCAACCAAGCAAUUCUCCUGAUAUUGUCAUCCAGGGCUUUUCUUGGCUAAACCCCCUAGAAUUUCCAUGUCUCUGCUUAGCUGUGCUGGCAGCUAGCAGCUGGCUGUGUUUGCAGUGCAAAUAGCUCUGUUCUUGGAAAUCCUGCUCAUGGUAUGUCCCCAGUGGUUUCUUCAUCCACAUCAUCUAAAGCCUGAACCCGUUCUUCUCUGGUUCAAGUCAGCGGCUGACACGGACUUGUAUCUCCUUCAGAGCUCGGCUGGCACCCAGCCUCCCUUCUCCUUCCACUCCCUUAGUACACUGGAGUGCCGAGCCCUGCCUUCCGCCCAGCAUCCAUCCAGCCUCUGUCCUCACCUCUCUGGCACCUCCUCCUCCUUCUGCAUUUCCUGUCUUCCUGUGUCUUGUGCAUGGGAAGCAGCCUUCAGUGCCUUCAUGAAUUCACCUUCCAGCUUCCUCAGAAUAAAAUGCUGCCUGGGUCAAGGACUCAC